AUGUCUUAUAGAAACCCCAAUGUGGAGAAUCCUCAAGACCAAGUGUAUCCUCCAAGGUAUCCACAACAACAAAGACCUCCUUACCAAUCUCAAGGAAGUCAAUUUCAGCCAAGGCAAGGAUAUGAGCAGAGAUCAUCAUAUCCGCCCAAGGAGCCAUAUGCUUCUUCACCAAAUCAAGCUCCUCCAAACCAACAAGGUGGGAGAUUUGAAGGAAUCCUCCAACAGAUCAUGGAUGGCCAGAAGAGAAACACUAAAGAGAUGUAUGAGAAGAUGGACACUUUGUUCAGCAAUCUCAACACCAAGUAUGAUGCUGUUGCCACUCAUGUGAAGAAACUAGAGACUCAAGUCACUCAAACUAUGGAAGCUGUUAAGAGACAGGAAGCUGAAUCCAAGAAGUCCUUUUGCAACUCAGCCGCCAUAGAAGAAAGAUUUGAAGACCAAGUUCCAGAAUGGAUGCUUUCAAAACCUACUGUUGAUUGCAUGAUUUGGCCUGAAGAGAAUUACCCAGAGAGAGAGUCCAAUCGAGCUAGAAAGAGAAGACUCUUCCCAAAGAUUAUCCCCAAGACAGAUAACUCAGGAAAGUUUGUGUGCCUUGUAUCAUCAAAGAUUGGAAAUUGCUCUAUCCCUACUGAUUUCCAGAUUGUGGAAAUGAGAGAGAGUAGCCAUAGACCUCUCAUAUUUGGAACCCCUUUCCUGUCUACUGUGGGUGCCAUAUUUGAUUUCCCCAAUCAAAGAAUCUCUUUCAACAAGGUGAACAAGGGUAUGUUCUUCCCUAUGUGUUCAACAAAGAACUCUUUUGUUGACAUGGUCCAAGAGGAGAAAGUUACUUUGAAGCCACCCCAAGAAGGAGAAACUGAAGAAACAAUCAAGGAAGAUCCCAUUCCUAAGCCCAAGCAGCUUGCCAAACAAGCAAGGAGUAAGACUAAGGCCCCUACACCAAAACCGCCCAAGGGAUCAACCAAGAUUGAAGAUGAGGCCAAGCCAAGAAGAAGGUUAGAAAGCCUAGAUAGGAUAGAAGGAGAAAAAGGUGUGAAAACACAAUCCGCGCCAAAACAUUGGCCGCGGACGCGCAAAAGAAUUUUGGCCGAGCAAUUCUCAUGGCCGACCGUCACGGUCGAGCCGGGAAGGAAUAGCUCGUGCUCGGCCGGAUUACUCUAUUGCGCGACAGAAACCGUUCGCGCGGCACGCACGAACCGGGAAGAAACGAGCCGCGAUCGGCCGAAAUUUUCGUAUCGGAACGGACCGACCGUGCCGGUCGAUCCGGGAAACAACGAUCGGCCUCGGCCGAAAUCUCUCGGCCAAACAAUUUGGCCGACCAAAUCGCUCGACCGCGACAAAUCGGCCAUCGGCCAAAACUUUUCUCGGCCAAGGUACACAAUGGCAAAGACAAAAGGAAAUGAGAGUAUGAAGAAGAAGAAGAACCCAUUCAUGGAGCCACCAAAGAAACAAAUCAAGCUAGGGAGUAGUAGCUCCAAUGCAAGAGCAGCAAUACCAACUUCACCACAUUCCAUUGAUGCAAAUCAAGAACAUGUGGAGAGUCCAAGAAGAGGAGAAGAUGAUUGGGCACUUGUAACCUUUGUUGGAGAACAAAAUCAAGACCCAAGAAAGUGUAAGAAGGCAAUGGAGAAGGUGAACAUCGAGCCAUGUGUGAAGAUGGACACCCAAACCCUUGAUCUUCUCAAGAUAAGAGAUGAUGUCACAUGGUACAUAAGGAAGCUAGGCUUGAGCAAGCUCUUCAAGCUAGAAUGUAGUGAGUACUCACAACUCACAAGGAGUUUCUCUCCACAGUAG